AUGGUCGGAUCCAAUUUUGUUUUCAUAGUGUUUGUGAGAAAAGAAGAAGCACACCAGGUGCUGAAGAUCCGUAAACGCUCUAACCAGUUCCUGGAGGAGAUUCACCCAGGGAACUUGGAGAGAGAAUGCAUUGAGGAAACCUGCUCCUUCGAGGAGGCAAAGGAGAUUUUCCAAUCGCAGGAGAAAACAAUGGAGUUUUGGUUUGAUUACAAAGAUUUAAAUCCCUGCAAAGAGAAUCCCUGUAAGAACGGUGGCAUCUGCAAACAGAAACACUACGAUUAUUUCUGUAUCUGUCCCCCACUGUUCGGAGGAAAGAAGUGUGAAAUAGAGAAGUUUGAAUGCUGGUACAAGAAUGGCGGCUGCUGGCAGUAUUGCCAAGAUACCGCACACUCCCUUCGUGUGGUGUGCUCCUGUGCAGAGGGUUAUGCCCUGGGUGAUGAUGGAAAGAGGUGUACGCAAUCAGCUCAGUUUCCCUGUGGGCUGAUUAAAAGAUCCAUGCGUGCUUUGGAGGAAGUUGUCCCUGGGCUCACUGGGAUGGCAGAGGGGCGAGCCCCCAGGUUCAACGGGAAGGUGAAGAGGGGUGCCCCCGGGCUCAAUGAGUCGGCAGAGGGGGAUGCCCCUGGGCUCAAUGAGUCAGUGGAGGGGGGCACCCUCAAGCUCAACGGGAUGGCAGAGGGGGCCACCCCCAGUCUCAAUGAGUCAGCAGAGGGGGGCAUUCCUGGGCUCAACCGGAUGGCAGAGGGGGGCAUCCCCAAACUCAAUGAGUCAGCAGAGGGGGGCAUCCCCAAACUCAAUGAGUCAGCAGAGGGGGGCGCCCCCAGGCUCCAUGAGUUGGUGGAGGGGGGUGCCCCCCAGCUCAAUGGGUCAACAGAGUGGGAGGCCCCCAGGCUCAAUGGGUCGGCAGAGGGGGGCACCCAUGGGCUCAACCAGAUGACAGAGGAGGGCACCCCCAAACUCAAUGAAACAGCAAAGCAGGGUGCCCCUGGGCUCAAUGGGUCGGCGGAUGGGCAGAAUGUGCAUGAUGGCCUCAAUCAAACUGAAGCUGAAGGAAACCUGACAGAUAGAGAUCUACACAGCUGGACAAAAGUCUACCAAACUGCAGAGCAUGAUGAUACCAGGAUCACUGGGGGAUCUUUCUGCCGUCGUGGCCACUGUCCCUGGCAGGUAUUUGUCCGAAAUAGCAGGGGUUAUGGUUUCUGUGGAGGGAGUUUAAUCAGCAGCCGCUGGGUCGUCACUGCUGCCCACUGCCUUGAGAUUGUUAAACCACAUCAUGUUACGAUAGGAGACUUUGACAAACACCAGAGAGAAGUGAAAGAACAAAAGAUCGAAGUGCAACAGAGCUGGAUACAUCCACACUAUGACUCAGAUAACUAUAAUGGUGACAUUGCUUUGCUCUACUUGAGCAGCGAUGUUGUAUUUAAUGAGUAUGUACUCCCCAUUUGCCUUCCCAAUCCUAACCUGGCAACCCUGCUGACUGUGGAAGGGACUAGGGGGAUGGUGAGUGGAUGGGGUUCCACACAUCACAGGGGUCCUGGAACACGCUUCCUCAUGAAAGUCAAGCUGCCCAUAGUAAGCAUGGAAACGUGUAGACAGUCAACAGCGAAGCUCAUUACAGAUAACAUGUUCUGUGCAGGCUAUGCUGCCAAAGCCCAGGAUGCCUGUAAAGGAGACAGUGGAGGCCCCUUUGCUGUCUCUUACCACAACACUUGGUACCUGCUAGGGAUAGUCAGUUGGGGUGAGGGCUGUGCUGAAGAAAGGAAAUAUGGUGCAUAUACGCGGGUAGCCAACUAUGUACCAUGGAUAAAGGAGUUGGUUGAAAAUCUAGCUGAUGCAGGAGGAUUUUUACCUUCAUUCUAAUGAGGA